AAAUUCUAUAAAAAUCAUAUACAAGUUGGGUUAAAGAAUGUUGUCUAGUGGAAAAGAAACAAAUGGGCACAGCCAAGUAUCAUCCAUGGAAAGCACGUGUGGGGAUGUAAACCAUCUCAACAAGCAUGCUUGUGCUUGUGUGUUAGCUGCCACUAUUAUCUCUGCCAUAUUUGGUUAUGUUACAACAGUGAUGGCUGGAGCACUCUUAUUCAUAAAGGAAGAACUUGAAAUCAGUGACAUGCAAGUGCAGCUUCUAGCAGGAAUCUUAAAUGCAUGUGCAUUACCAGCAUGCAUGAUUGCAGGAAGAUUAUCCGAUUACAUAGGUCGACGCUACACAAUCAUGCUAUCGUCGAUAUUCUUCUUCUUAGGCUCAAUUUUAAUGGGGUAUGGUUCAUCUUUUCCAAUCUUAAUGAUUGGAAGAUGCAUUGCAGGAUUUGGUGUUGGUUUUGCACUUAUCAUAGUAUCUGUUUACAGUGCAGAAAUUUCAUCUCCUUCUUAUAGAGGUUUUCUAACUUCUCUACCAGAUCUUUCCAUUAACAUAGGUUUCUUACUUGGUUAUCUCUCAAAUUAUUUCCUUGGAAAAUUAUCUUUAAGACUUGGAUGGAGAAUAAUGCUAGCUAUUCCUUCAAUACCUUCAAUUGGUUUGGUAAUAUUAAUGUUGCAAUUGGUAGAGUCACCAAGAUGGUUAGUAAUGCAAGGAAGAUUAGGUGAUGCUAAGAAAGUUCUUUUAUUAAUCUCUAAUUCAAAACAAGAAGCUGAACAAAGGAUGAAGGAAAUAAAAAAUGCUGUUGGAAUUGAUGAAAAUUGCACCCAAAACAUUGUUCAUGUUUCAAAGAAAACUCGUAGUGGUGGAGGAGCUUUAAAAGAAAUGUUUUAUAAACCUUCACCACAUGUAUAUAGGAUACUUAUUGCAGCUAUUGGUGUUCAUAUAUUUCAAAAUAUUUGUGGAGUUGAGGGUAUUUUUUUAUAUAGUCCAAGAAUUUUUGGAAGAAUGGGAAUCACUGAUAAGGGUACACUUCUUUUAGCUACAGUUGGUAUUGGGAUAAGCCAAACUUUAUUCACAUUACUAUCAUGUUUUUUGUUGGAUAAAAUUGGGAGAAGGAUUCUAUUAUUGGUCAGUUCAGGAGGUGUGAUUUUUUCUAUGUUAGGGUUAUGUGUUUGUUCAGCUAUAGUGGAGAAUUCUAAAUUAGGAGAAGAACCAUUAUGGGCCAUAAUAUUUACUAUUAUUGUUAUAUACAUUAUGGCAGGUUUUAAUGCUAUUGGAAUUGGGGCUGUGACAUGGGUUUAUAGCACAGAGAUAUUUCCACUAAGGUUGAGAGCACAAGGACUUGGGGUUUGUGUGAUUAUGAAUAGAAUUACUAAUGUGGCAGUGGUUACUAGUUUUAUUUCAAUUUAUAAAACUAUAACAUUGGGUGGAACUUUCUUUUUGUUUGUUGGUACAAAUGUUUUGGGUUGGUGGUUUUACUAUUCUUUCUUGCCUGAAACUAAAGGAAGAUCAUUAGAAGAUAUGGAAACUAUCUUUGGGAAAAAUUCCAACUCUGAGGUACAAAUGAAGUAUGGAAGCAACAAUGCAUAGUUUUGGAUAAUCACACUUUUUUCCUUUAAAAUAAAAAAAUUAAGGUAGGGAUGUUGCUCCGGUCUAAGGCAGAAAAACUCAGUGAGUACUUACGAAGAAAAUUACAUUUACCUCGUUGUAUAUAAUAACUAAUGGAAACUUAGCUACAUGUUGAAUACAAACCAAAUCAUUCUCUACUGGGCUAACUCCUUUGAGUUAUUGAGAUAAUUAAGGGUUCUUUGUAUAUAUCUAGCUUAUCUUUGAAGAAAAUAAGUGAAAACGGUUUAACACUUGGUUUAGUUUGAAGUACUAAAAUCCUGUUUUUUGGGUGCUUGUUUGACAAACUUACCCAAACCAAAAGGAUUUUUUUUUUUUUUUUUGUAUUCAAAGAAAAUCAAUGUUACAUAAUGAAAAUUUGUAGUUCCAA